AUGGAUUCGACGGAAGAGAAUAUCACGGCAAGCACCGUUGCCAUGGGCUCCCAGUGUAAAGAUGAGCGUCUGCAAUAUCUUAUGGAGCGGCUGGUGACGCACUUGCACGAUUUUGCCAGGGAAACGCAGUUAACAACACAGGAGUGGAUGAAGGCACUGAUUUUCUUGAAAGACGCACUUUCCCCUCCCCACCCCCUUCCAAUUUCAAACGUUCUCGGCCUCUCAACCCUUGUUGAUUCAAUCAACAACCCCAAGUCCGCCAACGCAACCGAAAGCAGCGUCCUUGGCCCAUUCUACACCGACAACGCACACUUCACCGAGAACGGGGCUUCCAUCGCGAGCCAGAACAGAGGCGAGCCUUGCCUCGUUCGAUGCACACUAAAAGACACAUCCGGGAACCCAAUCCCGGAUGCCACCAUCGACGUGUGGGAGGCUGACGAGACGGGGCGGUACGACACCCAGUACGAGGACGCGGCUGGCCCGGAUUGUAGGGGUGUAUUGAAGAGCAAUGAGGAUGGGGAGUUCUGGUUCAAGUGCGUGAAGCCGGUUUCGUAUCCGAUACCGCACGAUGGCCCGGUGGGAGAGCUCCUGGGGGUGCUUGGAAGACAUCCUUUCCGCCCCGCGCACUUACAUUUCAAGAUUGAGAAAGAGGGGUUUGAUCAGCUUAUAACGCACCUCCCCCCCGCACUCUACCUCCGCGGCGACCCUUACGAAACCUCCGACGCAGUACUCGGCGUAAAGUCUUCCCUCCUAGUCACCCCGCAAAAAGUGCAGGACCCGGAGAUUGCGGCUAGGUAUGGCAUCAGCGUCAGCGACUGGGACAUUUUGUGGGAUUUUGUCCUCGUGGGGGAGGCCGAAGGGAGGCAAUUGAAGAAGGAUCGGUCCGGGAAGACUGGAUACACGGUAUCUUCUUGAUUAGGUGUAAUACAAUUUCCUCCGGAAUUGUUCGAAUGAUGGAUUUGGUGGGUGGUUUUUUCUUCUUCCGUUUUCACCUAAAGUUGCACAGGAAGUCGUCGUCGUAGAUAGGUUGGAAUUGAAGGCCAAAGAUGUUGCACAUA